UUAAAAAUUUCAAUCAUGUCUUUACUUACCUAAUAAAGAAGAUAUUUUAGACGAUAAAGUUAAAAGGCUCAAAGACUAAGCUCUCAUUAUCCAAAAAUAACAGUUGCAAACCAGAAAGGUCCAAAUAAAGCAACAAUGGAAGCCGUGAGCAUGAAAGCGAGGAUGGUGGCAGAGCUCCAAGCCGUGAAGCGGAUAUCGGGGAAGACGUACGGGCAGAUUGCGGAUGAGACCGGCUUGACCAACGUCUACGUGGCUCAGCUCCUCCGCCGCCAAGCUCAGCUCAAGCCCUCCACCGCCCCUCUCCUCCGCGCCGCCCUCCCCGCCCUCACCGAAGACCUCCUCCGCGAAAUGAUGCAACCGCCCCUCCGCUCCUACGAUCCCAACUUAAUUCAGGAUCCCACCGUUUAUAGAUUGAAUGAAGCAAUCAUGCAUUUCGGAGAGAGCAUUAAAGAGAUCAUCAAUGAAGAUUUUGGCGACGGCAUCAUGUCCGCCAUCGACUUCUACUGCUCAGUCGACAAAGUGAAAGGUGUAGAUGGAAAGGAUCGCGUUGUUUUGACCUUUGACGGGAAGUAUCUUCCACACACUGAGCAGACUACUGAGCAUAUGGUAUCAAGAGUGAAAAAGCAAGAACAACAAGAUGGCAAACCAAAGUUAUCGUAGUUGUUUUAUGUCAAUAUUCAUUCCUACUUAUAAUCUAUGUUGUAUUUUGUCGAACUCAAGUCGCGCAUCGGAAGGAAACUCGGACACUGGAGGCACCAGCCUCUUGGCCCGUCCCUGCUCCUCCUCACGUAAGGCCUCCUCCUCUCCCUUCCUCUUUCCUCCCAACGCCGCCCCCGCCAUAUCUGAGCCGCUCAGUCGCGUUUUCUAUUUUGUAUAUUGUGUGUACUCUUUAUUUUGCUACUAUUUUGUAUGUUGUUUAUACUCUUUAUUUUGCUAAGACUUCAGAAUUCUUGACAUAUAGCUAUAUUAUCAAUUUCUUCUGCAA